AAACCCUUAAAACCUCAAGGACUUGUGUAACGCCAUAGCAGCCAGCCAUAGCAGCAAGCAAAAGCAGCAAUGGUCAAGUCGUACCUAAGGUACGAGCCAGCGUUAUCGUUUGGUGUAAUAGCAUCGGUAGAAGGUAACAUUGCAUACGACAGCUCAGGGAAGCACUUACUCACGCCGGCGCUCGAGAAGGUCGGUGUUUGGCACGUCCGUCAAGGCAUCUGCACCAAAACCCUAGCUCCUUCUACCUCUUCUUCUCGCAGUGGUCCCUCUCUCGCUGUCACUUCUAUCGCACCCUCGCCUUCUUCCUCCUCUCUGGUAGCGGUUGGAUAUGCUGAUGGUAGUAUAAGAAUUUGGGAUAGUGAGAAAGGAACCUGUGAGACCACACUGAAUGGCCACAAAGGGGCAGUGACUGUUUUACGUUAUAACAAGCCUGGGGCUUUGCUUGCAUCUGGAAGUAAAGAUAAUGAUGUUAUACUGUGGGAUGUUGUUGGAGAAACAGGCCUUUUUCGCCUUCGUGGGCAUCGUGACCAGGUUACUGACCUUGUUUUCUUGGAGUCCACUAAAAAACUUGUUAGUUCUUCAAAAGACAAAUUUUUGAGAGUAUGGGAUCUAGAAACACAGCACUGUAUGCAAAUAAUUAGUGGACACCACAGUGAAAUUUGGGCAAUGGAUGCUGACCCAGAGGAGAGAUACUUAGUCACUGGUUCAGCAGAUCCAGAAAUUCGAUUUUAUACAAUCAAGCAUGACUCAGAAAAUACACAAGCCAUAUCCAAUGAAAAAGGAGCUGUAAUUGUGAACAGUGGAGAUAUGCCUACUCAAAAUAAAUGGGAAGUCCUGAAGUUGUUUGGUGAGAUUAAGAGGCAAAGCAAAGAUAGAGUCGCAACUGUGAGAUUCGACAAGGCUGGAAGUUUACUGGCUUGUCAAGUGGCUGGGAAGACUGUGGACAUAUUCCAUGUACUAGGAGAUGUCGUAGCAAGCCGUAAAGCUAAACGCAGGCUUCAUAGGAAGAAAGAGAAGAAAUCUGCCAAGGGGGCACUUGGGACAACUGAAUCUAAAGAGGAUACAAAACAUGCAUCCGAAGAAGAUGGAAAUACCCCCACAGUUACCGUUUCUGAUGUUUUUAAACAUCUUCAAACUGUUCGAGCUGGCAAAAAGAUCUGUUCCAUUUCAUUUAGUCCAAUUACUCCAAAGAACUCCUUGGCAACUUUAGCUUUGUCUUUGAAUAAUAAUCUAUUGGAAUUUUACUCCAUUGAAAGCAGCACAACCACAAAAACUCUAGCAAUUGAGCUACAAGGGCACCGUUCUGAUGUCAGAAGUGUUACACUCAGUUCAGACAAUACUCUUUUGAUGUCAACCAGUCACAAUGCUGUAAAGAUUUGGAAUCCAAGUACUGGUUCUUGCCUUAGGACCAUUGAUUCUGAUUAUGGACUAUGUGGUUUAAUCAUCCCACAGAACAAGUAUGCUUUUGUUGGAACUAAAAGUGGAAAGAUAGAGGUAAUUGACAUUGGUAGCGGUACUUGCAUUGACACAUUGGAAGCUCAUGGUGGGCCUGUACGGUCUAUUGCUGCUCUUCCAAAUGAAAAUGGUUUUGUCACAGGCAGCGCUGAUCACGAUGUUAAGUUCUGGGAGUAUCAAAUCAAACAGAAACCUGGUCAAGACUCGAAGAACCUUGUUUUGUCAAAUACAAGGGCUAUGAAGAUGAAUGAUGAUGUUCUCGUGGUUGUAGUUAGCCCUGAUGCUAAAUAUAUUGCUGUUGCACUGUUGGAUUGUACAGUCAAGGUUUUCUUCUUGGACUCGUUCAAAUUUUUCCUUUCAUUAUACGGUCACAAGCUGCCUGUGCUAUGUAUGGAUGUUUCAUCAGAUGGAGAUUUGAUUGUUACUGGAUCCGCAGACAAAAACUUGAAGAUUUGGGGUUUGGAUUUUGGUGACUGCCACAAAUCCCUUUUUGCUCAUGGUGAUAGUGUCAUGGCAGUGCAAUUUGUGCGGAAUACCCAUUAUAUGUUUAGCGUCGGAAAAGAUCGGCUUGUAAAAUACUGGGAUGCUGAUAAAUUUGAGCUUCUUUUAACCCUUGAGGGACAUCAUGCAGAUGUUUGGGGUCUUGCAAUCAGUAGUCGUGGUGAUUUUCUUGUUACAGGAUCCCAUGAUCGAUCACUACGUCGCUGGGAUCGUACUGAGGAGCCUUUUUUCAUUGAGGAGGAGAAAGAGAAAAGGUUGGAAGAAAUGUUUGAAGCUGACAUUGAGAAUGCAUUUGAAAACAAGCAUGUGCCUAGAGAAGAACUUCCAGAGGAGGGAGCUGUUGCCUUGGCAGGGAAGAAAACACAAGAAACCCUUUCUGCAACCGACUUAAUUCUUGAUGCUUUAGAUGUAGCAGAGGUAGAAUUGAAGCGUAUUGCUGAACAUCAGGAGGAGAACACCAAGGGAAAUGUUACAGAAUACCAACCAAAUGUUAUCAUGCGUGGGCUCUCUCCAUCUAAUUAUGUUCUCCAUGCUUUCACAAAUGUUCACACCAAUGAUCUGGAGCAGACAUUACUGGCUUUGCCAUUCUCAGAUGGCUUGAAGCUUCUGUCUUACUUUAAGGACUGGACCUCAAAUCCCGAUAAGGUUGAGCUUGUUUGCAGGCUUGCUACUGUGCUAUUGCAGACACAUUACAAUCAGUUGGUUACAACCCCAGCUGCAAGACCGGUGUUGACUCUUCUCAAAGACAUUCUUUAUGAAAGAGUCAAGGAAUGCAAAGAUACGCUGGGUUUCAAUCUUGCUGCGAUGGAUCAUCUCAAGCAAUUGAUGGCUUCAAGAUCAGAUGCACUCUUUAGAGAUGCAAAAGCAAAGUUACUAGAAAUCCGCUCACAGCAGUCAAAACGUCUGGAAGCAAGGACUGAUACAAGAGAAGAAAAACAGAGAAAGAAAAAAAAGAAAACAUCAAGUGACAUGCAUGCUUUGACAGGAUUUUGAGCAACACCAACACUGUGUCCUAGAAAUUGAAUAGUUACGAGUCAGCCAAUGGUUAAUCAGUAAACAUUACAAGUCUAAUGCCUGAGAAAGGACCUCAUCCAGAUUCCAAACUUGCUGCUUGGUACUUUAUCAAAGCCUUUAUGCAUAAGUUGGAAAGAAAUUCAUUGCUGGUGAGGCAAAGACGAAGGAUGCUUCAAGUUAGCAACAGGUAGUUUUGGUGUCUUUAUAUCAUGUAGUAUAUGUAAAAUGAUUGUUUGAUAACGGAAAUUUGAGUUUUGAAUGAGGUAUGAGAUGAUCGUGCAGUUUUUAAAAAUUAUUUUAUCCUUUUUUCCAUAGAAAAAUGAUUUGAUUAAAUGUAAUGAUCAUCUCACUUGUUUAAUCGGAAUUUUCCAGACAAAUAUUUUGUCUGGAGUUGAAGGCA